AUGGCAGAGAAUGAGUCACAGUGGCCGCCGCCUCCACCUGAUCCAAUGGCAAAAGUCAUUGAAAUGUUUCAACAACUCUCUGCUGAUCAAAAAACUAUUAGUGAGAGGUUACUGCGACUUGAGAACCAAAGUGUUACUCCAAUACAAGGCAGCAAUGUACCAUUCGAGAGGGAGGACAGGUAUCAACUACAAUCUGCUGUGCAUCGUCAACAUAGGAGAAGUGUUGAAAGGGCACAACAAAGAACCCCUACAGCACCACCUACCUUUGAGGAGCAUGUAAGAUCUUAUUUCAAUGGUGAUCUUGAAGCACCCCGUCGACGUACUGAUGAUUCACAAAAAGUCAAGCUUGAAUUAAAGGAGUUCAACGGAAAACAUGAUCCACAGGUAUUUUAUGAUUGGUUGGCUGCUUUAGAUGACUAUUUUGAUUGGUAUGAGUUGUCUGAGUCACGUAAGAUGAGACUAGCACGUACUAAGCUAGUUGGCUCAGCCCGCGAAUGGUGGAGAACUGAAGAAAGGGAUCUAGAAGAUCGUGGUAGAGCUCCCAUUACUUGGGAAGAGAUGAAAGAAGAUCUUAGUGCCAAAUACUUACCACGACACUUUAGAUCACAACUGCAGGACAAGCUGAAUACUCUUCGUCAAGGGAGUAUGUCCGUUGCAGAGUAUAUGGAGCAGUUUGAUUCACUCUAUUCACGCACUGGCAUCAGGGAGAAUGAAUUACAGGUACUUUCCCGCUUUCGUUUGGGUUUGAGAUCUGAUAUAAAUCGUGCUAUUGGCGUAGUAGAUGUAUCCAAUGUCAGGGAAUACUUCGAGAAGGCAGUACAUGCAGAGGAGUUACUAGCUCCUACGGGUAGAAGGUUUGGAUAUCAAGCUAGAGAGAUCACAAAAAAUUUUUCAGCAAAAAAUCCUACUUCUUAUCCUCCACGUACCACACCUUCUCCACGUGCUGAUCACAAGGGGAAAGCACCUAUGCCUAGCACUGCCACAGUGCAAUGCUUUCAUUGUCAGGAGAGGGGACAUUAUGCCAAAAAUUGUCCUACACGUCACAAAGUAGCAGUGAUGGUUGACGCUGACGAUACUCCUGAUGAAGAUAAUUCCCAUAUCUUUCCAAUCCCAUUGGAAGAAGAAGACAAAAAUGUUGAUUAUUAUGAUGGGGCUGAAGCAAAUGAAGAUGACUCCUAUGGAAUUCAUGUGGUUUCUCGCAUAUUGGUGGCUGAAACCAAAGGCGAGGAUUGGCGACGUACAUGCAUAUUUUACAGCCGCAUGCGUUCAGCUGAUCGCACUGUACAGGUGAUAGUUGACAGUGGCAGCUGCGUUAAUGUUGUCUCUAAGUUGUUUGUGAAGAAAGCACAUUUGAAGGUAGAGAAACACCCGCAGCCUUACAAAGUAUCCCUACUGAAUGGCAACACUUUGGAGGUCAAUCAGCGAUGUUUUGUUCCAUUACAACUUUCUCGAUAUGAAGAAAAGGUAUGGUGUGAUGUUAUUCCUAUGAAGCUAACUGAUGUUCUUUUAGGGAGACCAUGGAUGUAUGAUAAUGAUGUUCUCACUGGUGGAAAGAAGAAUCAGUGCAUAUUUACCUUUAAAGGGCAGCGCACUAUACUUGAGCCUAUCAAUGUAUCAGAGGAGAUGCGUAAGAGACAGACAUUGAGGACUAACCAGAAAGCCACCACCGAUACCAACAAGAUGCUAGUCCUUCCACAGAAGAAGAUCUUAGCUGUUCCACAAAAGCAGUUUGAGCGAACCAGCCAUGAUACAGGCAUGAUAUUAGCCCUGGUUACUAGAGAGGUCACUCCACCACCAACAGUUCAGCUCACACGGCCUAUUAGAGAGCUUCUAACAGACUUUUCUGAUUUAGUACCUGACGAGCUACCUAAUAAGCUCCCUCCCAUGCGCGAUAUUCAGCAUGCUAUUGACUUGGUACCUAGUUCUGUGCUUCCCAACCUUCCAGCUUACCGUCUCAGUCCUACAGAACACACUGAGCUCAAAAGGCAAGUUGAUGAACUACUAAAGAAGGGGUUUAUCAUUGAGAGCCUUAGUCCUUGUGCUGUACCAGCAUUACUUACUGCAAAAAAGGAUGGCUCAUGGCGUAUGUGUGUCGACAGCAGAGCAAUCAAAAAAAUAACGGUUAAGUAUAGAUUUCCCAUACCACGACUUGAUGAUAUGCUAGACAUGUUGUCCGGUGCAAAGGUCUUUUCAAAAUUGGACCUUCGAAGCGGCUACCAUCAAAUUCGUAUUCGGCCAGGAGACGAAUGGAAGACCGCCUUCAAAACCAAGGAUGGACUGUUCGAGUGGAAGGUCAUGCCCUUUGGUCUGACGAAUGCACCUAGUACAUUCAUGCGAGUUAUGACAGUUUACAGCAAGCAUCCAGAUGAUCACAUCGACCAUUUGAAGCAAGUCUUGAGGGGGGUUGAAGCUGAUCCUGAGAAGAUCAAGAGCAUCACCAACUGGCCUACCCCGAAGACAAUCACUGAAGUCCGUAGCUUCCACGGUCUAGCCUCAUUUUACAGGAGAUUCAUUCGAAAUUUUAGUGCAGUCAUGGCACCUAUUACCGAAUGUAUAAAGCAGAGUAAAGGCAAGUUUGAGUGGACAACAGCGGCAACAAAAGCCCUCCAUCUUAUCAAGAAGAAGAUGACGGAGGCCCCGGUAUUACGCCUGCCAGAUUUUAAUCGUGUAUUUGAGGUGGCAACUGAUGCUUCGCAUAUUGGGUUGGGAGGUGUGCUGAUACAAGAAGGGCACCCUAUCGCUUUCUAUAGCGAGAAACUCAACGAUGCCAAGCGACGCUACUCGACUUACGAUUUGGAGCUCUAUGCUGUCAUCCAAGUGUUACGCCAUUGGAGACACUAUCUUAUUGGUAAGGAAUUUAUUCUUUACACCGAUCAUGAAGCACUCAAACAUCUCCAUUCUCAGAAGUCAAUCAGUCAGAAGCAUGCAAAGUGGGUUGCUUACCUACAAGAGUUCGUCUUUGCGAUGAAAUACAAGGCUGGUAAAGAGAACACGGUGGCUGAUGCUUUAAGCCGAAAAGUUCUCACUAUCAAUACUUUUUCAGCACAUGCCGUUAGUAUUGAACAGAUACGAGAUGAGUACGCGUCUGAUAAGGAUUUCAGAGUUCUAUAUGCAGAGUUACAGCAAGGUGAGCAACACCCUAAAUAUUCUGUCCACAAUGGUUAUUUGUUCUUCGGAACGCGAUUAUGCAUUCCAGACUCCUCCCUACGACAUCACAUCAUAAGGGAGUUACACGGAGGAGGUUUGGGAGGCCACUUCGGCAAGGACAAGACCAUCAUACAGGUGACUGAUCGGUACUACUGGCCACACAUUGCAAAAGACGUAGAUCAUGUCAUCAAAAGAGGUUGUUCGACUGCAUGGCUGCCAAGUACUAUUGUCUCUGAUCGUGACGUCAAGUUUAUGAGCUAUUUCUGGAAGACAUUGUGGCUAAAAACUAACACAAAGCUACAAUUUUCAACUGCAUUCCAUCCACAAACUGACGGUCAGACAGAGGUUGUUAAUAGAAGUUUGGGGAACUUGUUGAGGUGCUUAGUCCGAGAUUAUGAGAAGACAUGGCCAGCAAUCCUUGACAUAGCUGAGUUUGCCUACAAUAGCUCUGUGAACAGGACAACGGGGCGCACGCCAUUUGAGAUAUUACUUGGAAUUCAGCCGCAACGCCCAAUUGAUCUUGUUCCACUCCCACCCCAGGCUCGAAUCAGCCUUGAAGCUGAUGAAUUCUUGCGCCACAUCACAGAGGUGCAUGCAAACGUGCGACGACGUAUUGCCUUAAGUAAUGAUGUCUACAAGACUACAGCUGAUCGUCAUCGUCGUUAUGUGGAGUUUAAACCAGGAGACAUGGUUAUGGUUCGCAUAAAUCCUGAGAGGUUCCAACCUGGUGUUAACACAAAGCUCCAUCCAAAGAAGAUGGGUCCUUAUAAGGUGCUGAAACGUAUAGGACCAAAUGCUUAUGUGCUCGAAUUACUUGAGGAAAUGACCAUAAGCGAUGUCUUCAAUGUAGCUGACCUACAUCUUUAUGUGGGACAUCAUUCAGAUGAUGGUGACCUGGAACAAAUGCUAAGGCUGCCCCAACUUACACCACCUCUUGAAGAUGUUAUUGAAGAGGUUUUGGAUGAUACUUACAAAACCACUCGUCGUGGCACCGGUUAUCACACUUUUCUUGUCAAAUGGAAGGGACGACCACGGACUGAUUGCACUUGGAUUCAUGCUGAUGACUUCAAGCGACUCGAUCCUGACUUAUAUGAGCGUUACAUGUCUUUCACCCAUUCGUCGGAGACGAAUCUUGUGUCUGGAGAGCCCUUUCUAACUGCCUUCCAACGCAGUCAUGCCUUCUUCAUCGCCAGAUCUCAGUCGUCCCUGGUUGUUGUCUUUGCUGGAACACCAAUGCAGAUGUUGAUCACCUCUUCUUGA